UGGACAGUGUUAUACCGGGACACUUUAACUAUUCACCUCCUAAACUACCAAUAGGAUUGGUAAGCUUCUCCUUCACGCUUAACUGUUCUCCCAUUCCAAUUCCUAAAACCUGUUGUUCCCUUUCUUCAUUACUUCUCUCUCCUCCAUUUUCGCAUAUUUUAGGCAUAACGCAGAACCCAUAUACACUGUGAAUACUCCCUCCGUCCCGGAAUACUUGACCUGUUUUCCUUAUCAGGCCGUCCCUUAAUACUUGACCUGUUUCUAAAAAUGGAAAUAUUCUAACAAUAUUAUAUUAUUUCUCACUCCACCCCUAUUAACCCACCUACCCCUACUCCAUACAAAAAAUAAUUAAAAAUUCAACCCCUACUCUCCCCCAACCCCACCUCUUAACCCACCUCCCACUAACUACAUUAAAAUAAUACCCCACUAUCAACUACUACCUAUUAAAUUAAAUAAGUCAAUUCAAGUUACUUAAACUCUGUGCCGGUCAAAUCGGGUCGAGUUCGGGACGGAGGGAGUAGCUCGCAAUAGUAACUACGGCCACGGUCGGAAACAACUUACAUACACGAAUUCAUCAAAAUUUCAAACAAUCUGUCCUCUAUUUCCCCCCUGUUUUCCUUUGAAACAAGUUUUUAGGGUUCAUUUUGAGUAACUUUGUCAAAAACUUUGUUGAAUUAUGUCAUCUUCGAAGGAGCUUUGGAGCUGGAGGUGCCUUUCGGCUUCGGGGAAUCAUCUGAAGGGCGAGGGAGGAGAAAAAGAGAGGGUUGAGGAGAGAGAAAAGAUGGCAGAGGAGCGUGGGCAGGCGGUGGAGAAGAGAGAGAAAGAGGUGGAGGAGAGAAUAUUGGCGGUGGAGGAGCGGUCGAGGGCGGUGGUGGACAGAGAAUUGGGAGUGGAGAAGAAAGAGAAGGAGGUGGAGGGUAGGUCGAGGGCGGUGGUGGACAGAGAAUUGGGAGUGGAGAAAAGAGAGAAAGAGGUUGAGGAGUGGCGGAGGGCGGUGGUGGAGAGAGAAAUGGGAGUAGAGAAGAGAGAGAAGGAGGUGGUGGAGAGGGAGAACGAGGUGGAGGAGAGAAACUUGUGGGUGGAGAAGAGAGAGAUGGAGGUGGAGGAAAGGGAAGUGAAAGUGGAGGACAGGGAGAAGGAAUUGAUGGAGGCUAAUGUGAGAAGGGAAUUGACGAAAGCGAAGAUUUUAGGAUUGAGGGAGGCGGAAAUUAAGGAGGAAUGGAAUAGGCUGGAGCUGAAGGAGAAAGAGUUUGAUGAGCGUUGUCAAGUGUUAGAAGCGAAAAAGAGUCAAAUUGUAAAGCGUGAAGGAGAUAUUGAGUUGGAAAGGAGGGAGAUUGAUGAGCGUUGUCGAUGGUUAGAGGCGAAAGAGAAGCGAAUUCUUGAGCGUGAAGAUGAUAUCUAUUCAAAAAAGAAGAAUGUGAAGUCUCAAAUGAGGCAGUUUAAGAAAUUUCGAGUGAAAGAGAAGCAUAGAACCAUUGAACCUCCUGUCUUGCAUUGGCCAAGUGCACAUUUUAGGCUCCCUGAACAGUUUAGACCUCCUACUGCUGGAAUCGGCCCUAGUUGUACUUAUGCACCUGGAUAUUUUGUUGGGGAUCAGGUGCCAUACAGACCGCGACAAACAUAAGAUUAUUUCUGGUUGAUUGCUCUGACCCACCAGAGGAUUUAUGACAGGAAAGAACAUUGAUGACAAUUGGUUCUGAUUCGUGUAGGUCAUAUCCAAUCUCUUAUUAGGAAGGAUGAACAACUUCUAGCAGUUGCGUUUAUAUGUGAAUAUAAAAUGCAGGAUUAUUUUCCACCAGUUCCUCUACUGAAAGCCUAUUUGGAGGGCAUCCGGAAAAGAGUGUGUGAAAUGGUCGAGAAAGGCAGCGAUACAGCUCAGAAUGAUGCUAUCAACAUGGAAUUGUCUUCCCUCAAAGCCGUACUUAAAUACAUUUCCAUGUUCAAGCUUGAGUCCAGUUUUUCACCUGCUCCUCUGGAAUUGCGCAUAAAGCAGUUAGAGAAGGAGAUGGAAGCUCAUUGACCGUAAAAGAGAAUCUUUCAAACUCGGCAAAGAAGGGAGUUGUUCUUCCUGGCAUUUGGUAAUAGGAGAGAAACGUACUCGUUUUAUGGUAGAUGUUCGUCAAAGGUCAAUCUUAGAGAAUCCUACAAUUUAGCCUGCUACUAAUUAGCCUUGUAUUAGUUUUGUGCCAUGUAAUAUUGUGCUCCUUAAGCUUAUUGGGUCUUCAUGGGAAAGUGUGGGUGUUCCAUUUAUCACAGUAAGGCCACCUCUUUUGCACAACAAUCAUUUUGACACUAAUGAAAAUGUUCGCAUUAUAAUACUGAUUAGGAAAGCUACCUCUUAUUUUUGGACGAGCUGUUCAACUAAUAUUCGGGGCCUGUGUUUUGGGAUGAAGGUAGUAGGCGCCGCUUAUGCUUGUAAAAUAUUGUUGGUGUAUCCGGGUCCAAGAAGCGGCAUAGAGAAAUGAUUUGAUGAUUGUGAAAUAGAGCCAUAGUUCUCGUGUUGUACUGUAUGUAAUUAUCUUUAACAAAAGUAUUGAUAAUUUUUGGUUAUUGGAAGUGUUCCAGAGUGUUACUGAUGUCUAAGGUGAUCAAAUGUUUU